AUGUUGACGGACAACACAGAAGACAUCCCUCCUGAUGAAUGCAACUCCUAUAUCAUGGCUUUUCUCGCUGAUCGAGAUCUCAUUCCAAUCAAGCAGUUAGACAAAGAUCCGCGAGCGGAGCAUGACAAGCAGUACCAAAAAUUUGUGGAAAAAGAGGGAAAUAAUCGAAAAAAUCGGUCGGGCAUGCCGAAAAAAUACCGAGAGGAGAUUUAUAAUAAGAAUUCGAAUUGCGACGCUCAAUUCAUCAAUAAUCUUCAUCACUACAAAACGAUCGACGGUGGAAGUGGACAUCGUGUCGAGCAGAAGCACUACGCGAUGGAUUUCAUCGCUGAAAAUCCGUGUGGGCCUUCAGAUCGAGAGAAAUUGAAGAAUUUGAAGGUUCGAAUGGGAAUUGGAACUUCUGGAAUCGUCUAG